GCUAUCCGCAGAAAGAAAUAAACCAGGCUAGACUCGAAAGACAGGGAGAGUUUGGAUUCCGUAGCGCAGAGACGCGGACCGUGUGGGCUCUGAGGGACUGACGGCGGGGAUCGGACCGGGGAAGACUUUCCCCUGCACGGCGAUGCCGAGCGCCACAGCCAGCUAGCACCGUCCCGACAGAAAGGGACCGAAGUGGAUGGAAAUCCGACAAAAGGCGACGCCGUCCGAGGAAGGGUUAGCUUAGUUUAGAUGUUAUUGUCAGCUAAAACAAACCCACUUGGUCGCAAUGUCCUGCACUGGGAACUUGGUUUGGGAUGUUAAUAAACGUCUGAUCGGAUACGGGGAGCCCAACUCCAUCAGAACCAGCUAUUUAGGUAGAAGAGAAUUUGUCCAGAGGCUGAAACUGGAAGCGACGCUCAACGUCCACGAUGGCUGUGUCAACACGAUAUCCUGGAACGACACAGGCGAAUACAUCCUGUCGGGGUCAGACGACACCUUUCUGGUCAUCACUAACCCGUACAACAAGAAGGUGAAGAAGUCGAUCCGCUCUGGGCAUCGAGCAAACAUUUUCAGUGCGAAGUUCAUGCCUCACACAAACGAUCAGGAAAUCGUCUCCUGCUCCGGAGACGGCAUCAUCUUCUACACGCACACCGAAAAGAGUCCCGAGUACAACCGGCAGUGUCAGUUCACCUGCCACUACGGCACGGCUUACGAGAUUAUGACUGUACCAAAUGAUCCCUACACAUUCCUGUCGUGUGGGGAGGACGGCACAGUGCGGUGGUUUGACCUUCGCACAAAAACCAGCUGCACUAAAGAAGACUGCAAAGAUGACAUUCUGAUUAACUGCCGAAGAGCGGCGACCUCCAUAUCCAUCUCACCUCUGGUGCCAUACUAUCUGGCUGUGGGCUGCUCAGACAGCUCAGUGCGAAUCUAUGAUAGACGCAUGCUGGGAACCAGAGCCACAGGUAACUACAUGGGCCGGGGAACGACGGGCAUGUGUGUGCGGUUCGUACCUUCCCACCUGUCCAACAAGUCGUGCAGGGUGACGUCUCUCUGCUACAGCGGGGACGGACAAGAGGUGCUCGUCAGCUACUCCUCAGAUUACAUCUACCUUUUCAACCCCAAAGAUGACCAGGCCCGGGAGCUCAAGGGCCCGUCGGAGGAGAGGAGAGAAGAGCUACGGCAGCCUCCGGUGAAGCGGCUCCGGCUGCGGGGCGACUGGUCCGACACCGGACCCCGAGCCCGUCCUGAGAGCGAAAGAGAAAGAGAUGGAGAGCACAGUCCAAAUGUGUCCCUGAUGCAGAGAAUGUCAGACAUGUUGUCCCGGUGGUUCGAAGAGGCCAGCGAAGCUCAGAGCAGCAGAGGAAGCCGACCUCAGGCUCGGCCCAGAGGAACUGCUGUCCGGCCUGAGGGCUCGGCAAACACUCCUGCCCCCUCGGGUGCAGACUCCACCCAGGAAACCGGGGCCCCUGAGAGGCCCGUGGAGACAGACUCCCUGGAGGUCCCUUCCAGUCCUGCAGCCACGUCCGAAGCCCCGAUGUCCAAAUCCACUUCCUCUUCCUCCUCAGGGUCGUCAUCAACAGUCACUGCGCCUCCUACUUCCGGCUCGUCUUCGGUAGAGAGCUCGGCCCCUUCUUCUUCUCCUCUUACCUCCUCCCCUGACUCGGAGCAAAGGAGUCAGGGGGACACAACCGGGACGCCCACAGCCACGCCCACCUCUGAACCUGCACUAUCGGAGUACGGUCCUCAUCGGCUGCCCAUAAGUUUAGUGUGUAGGCGUUUGCAGAGGUUGCUUCGGCUGGCCGACCCCCCGGGACUGGGUCAGCGAGCGACCGCUUCCACUUCCUCCGCAGCCUCUGAGCGAAGGGCUACCUCAGCUGCUGCUGCCUCCGCCGCCACCGCCGCCUCUGCUGCUCCGAAGCAACCCCAUACAGAUUCCCCUUCGUCUGUGGUAAACAAACAGCUGGGAUCCAUGACUCUGGAUGAACAGCAGGGAGCAGCAGAGGCUGCAGGUUCAAAUCCCGAGGAAUCGGUUACUGCAGCAACCAGCGGCACCCCCACCGCCCCUACUCCCACCCCGUCCACCACCCGACCCAGCGCAGCAGAGCCGGUCCUCAGCCUGCACUACAGCUCAGAGGGAACCACCACCAGCACCAUCAAGCUGGACUUCACCGACGAGUGGAGCAGCAGCACGUCCAGCUCUAUGGGCAGCGGAGUCUCCAAAACAUCUGAAGUCGUGGUUCCAAACAGCCAGGAGACUCUGUCAGCGGAGAGUUCAGUGUCGGAACAGGCUCCCUGCGAGUCCUCUGGGCAGCACAGUUUGGCAGCAGCCGCAUCAGCGUCUCUGCAUGACGCCUCCGGCGCCGGCCCCCUCGGCGUCGCCACGACUCGGGGUCCCGCUGAGUGGGAAAGCACGGGGUCUCCGCCGCAGGAGAGGAGUCACCCGGAGGGCUCCGAAGACCCGUCAAGCGACUGCAGGAGGGCGGAGCCUGCCGGAGAGGAGGGCGUGGAGGGUCAGAGUCAGCCGGCGCCCAGCAACCAGGACUCCGACGACAGCGACGACGAUCCCAUUCUCAUCCCACCUGCCAGAUUCAGAGGGCAGGGGCAGAGAUUUAAUUCCAGAGGAUCUGCAGUAGGGGAUAGGAUGAUCAGGCGCUCUGCAGCAGCUCGCAUCCAGGAGCUGUUUCGCAGGAGAAAAGAGAGGAGAGAGAUGGAGGAGAGUGAAACUCAGAAUAUCAGGAGACCUUCAGUGAAAAUGGUUUACAAGGGCCACCGCAACUCCAGAACAAUGAUAAAGGAGUCAUGUUUCUGGGGCAACAACUUUGUGAUGAGCGGCUCGGACUGCGGACACAUUUUCAUCUGGGACAGACACACCGCAGAACACCUCAUGCUGCUGGAGGCCGACAACCACGUGGUCAACUGCCUGCAGCCGCACCCGUACGACCCCAUUUUGGCUUCUUCGGGGAUAGACUAUGACGUCAAGAUUUGGUCACCACUGGAGCAGGCGGCAUCUUUUAACAGAGUCCUUGCUGAGGAGGUCAUAACCCGCAAUGAGCUGAUGCUGGAAGAAACGAGAAACACAAUCACUGUCCCGGCCUCCUUCAUGCUCCGAAUGUUGGCGUCCCUCAAUCACAUCAGAUCGGAUCGCCUGGAGGGCGAUCGAUCUGAAGGAUCCGGUCAGGAAAACGAGGAAGAGCAGUAGCCAAGUUGGCAUUUUAUUUUCAUGGAAAAAAAAAAAAAAACAAAAAAAAAAAACAAACACCUUUUUGUUGUUGCUGUAUAGCACUUGCAAAGAACCCCUGAGAUUUGUACUAGUAGAAUACUUUUGGAUAUUAGUGUUAUUUCUAGGCCCAUGUGUUACUUUUUUCUUUUUUUAAAGAACUUUCUUACUGACGUUUCUGUAUGAGGAUAAACUACAGCUGUGUGACUGCAAAAGGACGCCAGUAUGGGUAUAGAAAAGUGUGUGUCUCGAGUGCUAACAACAGCGGCUGGCGUGAAAGGAUGUUAAAGUGCAAUAUUAUUUGUUUGGGAAGGUGAGAGUUGGAUCAGUGUUAAUGUUUGACAUUUUUGAAUUUGUAGCAAUGAAAUGUUGUCGUGCUGCUGCAGCACUUAAAGCAUGUGAAUACAGACUUUAAUUAAAAUACAAAGGCUUUAAUUCUGCUGUUUUAUAGAGUUUGGACGGAAAGAACUGUGAUCAGCGAUGGAGACGCACGCGGCAGUCGGUAAUGGAGCAGUUGCUGAGUUGCUGCUUACAGCUGUUGGUUUUUUUUUAGCAGCUGUUUGUCUGAACGCAGCCUUUGUCUGUCUGGGAAAUAUCAAAAGCUGAAGUAUUUUUCGCUUAGCCGCCCUUUUUAUUUAUUUUUCAUGCAUUAAACAUGUUUGUUUUGCUUUCUUACUUGACUUGGGCUAAAAAAAAAAACUGAUUGAGAAGCGUUUUACUCUGAUAAACUCUACAAAAUUGGAUGGAGCGUUAAGUGAUUGUUACCCAUAGAGCUAAUAUGGCCAAACGCACAAUAAACAGAACUGUAACAUCAGUCAGAUGUAUUUCAAACUGUACGACGUGAUUUGUUUGUUUUUCGGUGCAAAAUCAGGAUCGAGCUUCGUUUAAACAUUUAGCUUAAUGAGAUAGACGGCUGCAUUAUUGUUGAGAUCCCUGGAAAAGAUGUACAAGAAACACUUUCAAUAACUUCCUCUGUUGUUACAGCAUCAUAAACGGUCAAAAGAUUUCAUCUUGACAUUCGUCCUACUGUCCAAAUCAUAAACAUGUAGAGUUUGCUAGUUGGAAUCUGUAAACUAAAUUACCGAUACUUCCUCCUUUUAA